CUAAACGUCACCUGCGAGUCGAUUGUCGACGAUUUCUCAGGACGUCCAAGUUAAUUUUUAUUAAAUAAUUAUUUGUUAUGUACUAAAAUAAGUUUAAAAAAUGAGGAUCACAAAUGUGAGGAGAGGCCGGAUCAUCCGCAUGGGAGGAGCAUGUGCAAUUCUAUUACUUUUAUUAUUCGCUUUGCAUAAGUGGUCCACGGAUACCGAUGCUUCUGAAUCUGAAAGUGAAUUAAUUUUGGAGUCCCAGUCUGCGUUUUAUAAAUCACAUCGCAACGUUUAUCCUACUUUGAAGACAGAACUCGGCAACUUCGAGCCGAGAGACUUGCAUGUCGUAAAGGGCCCUGGUGAAGAAGGCAAGCCCUACCACAUGCCACAAGACAGGGCCAACGAUAUCGCAGAGUCUGAGAGUGAAUACGGCAUGAAUAUAGCUGCUUCCAACGAUAUUGCUAUGAACAGAUCGAUUCCCGACACGCGUCUGGACGAGUGCAAGUACUGGCACUACCCCACAGAGCUGCCCAGCACAUCCGUAAUCAUCGUGUUCCACAAUGAAGGAUUCUCGGUUCUCAUGAGAACCGUACACUCCGUCAUAGAUCGAUCUCCGCCGAAUAUAUUACAUGAAAUUGUAUUGGUGGACGAUUUCUCUGACAAAGAGAACUUAAAAUCAAAUUUAGACAACUAUAUAAAGAGAUGGAAGGGCAAAGUUCGAUUAAUAAGGAACACACAGCGGGAAGGUUUGAUUCGAACACGAUCAAGGGGUGCCCAAGAGGCGACUGGCGAAGUCAUUGUAUUCUUAGACGCUCACUGCGAAGUGAACCUCAACUGGUUACCACCUCUCCUAGCUCCUAUUUACAGAGACUAUAGAAUCAUGACAGUCCCAGUUAUCGACGGUGUGGACCAUAGAACCUUUGAAUACAGACCUGUCUACCAACACGGCAUGAACUACAGAGGUAUCUUCGAAUGGGGUAUGCUCUACAAAGAAAAUGAGGUUCCAGAAAGAGAAGCGAGUCAACACAAACACAAAUCUGAACCUUACAAGAGUCCAACACACGCUGGAGGUCUUUUUGCAAUCAACAGAAGAUAUUUCCUUGAAAUAGGGGCAUAUGACCCUGGUCUUUUAGUUUGGGGAGGAGAAAACUUUGAACUGAGUUUCAAAAUCUGGCAGUGCGGUGGUAGUAUUGAAUGGGUGCCGUGUUCAAGGGUUGGUCACGUAUACAGGGCGUUUAUGCCUUACUCAUUCGGAAACCUUGCCAAGAAUAGGAAGGGAUCCCUUAUCACAAUUAAUUAUAAGAGAGUUAUUGAGACUUGGUUCGACGAGGAACACAAGGAGUACUUCUAUACUAGGGAGCCGAUGGCACGUUUCUUGGACAUGGGUGAUAUUAGUGAGCAGCUUGCUUUAAAGGAUCGUUUGAAGUGUAAGAGCUUCGGUUGGUUCAUGGAGAAUGUCGCUUAUGAUGUUUACGACAAGUUCCCUAAGCUGCCGAAGAACAUUCACUGGGGUAUGGUGAAGAACAAGGCCACCGGAGUCUGUCUUGACACUAUGGGCAAGGGAGCUCCAGCAUAUAUAGGUACGGCUUCAUGCCAUGGCUCUGGCAACAGUCAGCUGUUCCGUCUGAACGAGGCCGGUCAGCUCGGCGUGGGAGAACGGUGCGUCGAAGCUGAUGUAGACAGUGUGAAGCAAGCCUUCUGCAGGCUCGGCACUGUUGAUGGACCUUGGAGUUACGACGAAGAAAAGAACCACCUCAUCCAUCGUCUCCAUGGCUACUGCCUCACGUUACAACCGAACUCUCGGCAACUAGGCCUAGUACCGUGUGACCCUAACAACACCUAUCAGAAAUGGACCAUCGCACAUAACAAACCCAACUGGUCAAGUUAUUAUGACUAAGAAGAUAGUAUUAUGAAGCACAACAUUUACAGGGAUUAGUUGAAAUAAAAGUCAUUAAUUCUAAUAAUAAAGUUAUUUAUUUCAUAAAUUAUUAUAAGUGAAUUAAAUAAGCAGAUAAAUGCCUAACUUAAUUUGUGGUUGACAUAAUAAUUAUAACUAACUUUAAACUUUCAAUAUUAGAAAAAUUACAAGUUUUUAUUUUUCUAUGAGCUAAAGUCAAAGGGAAGAUAGAAUGCCUGGCCGGGUAUUCAUUAUUGAAUGUUAUUAAAUGCUAUGAGGGUUGUAAAACAUAAUAAUAUGUUUAUUUCAGCCAUAAGUUUCUUUUCUCAACUUUUAAAGCGAAUUACCUACAUCAUUAUGGAACAAGUAUCAUCCUUCCCUCAAAAAUGGACUCAAAAUUUAUCAGAAUGCUAAGGCAAGGCCACUUCUGUUUGUAGAAAGUAUACAUAAUUGCUUCCUAUUAUUCCUAGCUAUUUGUCUUCUGAACAAAAAUCAUCAAGUUUCUGUGAAGCUGUUUUACUUAUUGAAUAUUUGUCCACUUCAAUUAUUAUCAUUCAACCAAGAAUUGUUCAUAAAAUUCCACAUGUUUAACUUUUCAACAAAUUAGUUAACAAAUAUCAAUGAAGUAGAAAAUAUUAUGUAAAUCUGCUUUCUCAUAGAAAUUAGUUUCUGUAACUAAAUUAGAUGUUACAAUAAUGGGUUAUGUAUAGCUUCAUAUAACACUGUGAAUUUAUAUAAACAGCUCUAAACUAUUAGGAAGGAAUCCUUGACCACCACUCAUCCCAACUGUUAAUGCGCAACUCUGUGUUCAAAACUGACCAAUUAGGAGAUGGUAUAUCUGGAGCCAGCCAGUUAAAAUCAUCCAAACGAUCCCAGUUAUUGGAAUUCCGGUCCAAAGCAGACAUAUUGAAAUGCUUUUCUAAAUCAUCAUAAUACAAAUUGUAUGGAGCAGUACAUAUGGCUGUGCAAUCUUCAACUAUUCCCUUGCUAGUAACAUGUAAAUAAAUGUCGCAAUUGCUAGACGAGUGCAUUCUUAGUUGCUGGCAUGCAGUUACAAUUUUACAGUUGAUGCAUUUCUCCAUAAACACAGAUGAAGUGACCGGACCAGAAAGUACUAUACAGUUUUCUAGAUUAGUUAAAUGCAAUGUUCCCAUCACUCCCUUGAGUCCUACAGUACAGUUUGUAAGAUUCCGUAAAGCAACAUCCCUUUGAAACAAAUCAUCAUUAUCAAGUAUUAGAACUUUGUCUUUUUGUGAAUCAAAACCAAAGAGUUUUUCAUCCCAUUUAUUGUCUGUCUUUCUAGCUGCGUCAUUCUCGUCGAGUGAGUCUUGUUUCUGAGUAUGAGACUUAGGAAUCUUUUUCUUAGAGAAUCCAAACUUUUUUCUGGGAACAUACCUUUCUUCUAAUUCAUAGCAUUUUGUUUGCAGAUUCUGUACAAUACCCAAAUAUUUACGCAUGUUGAAUUCCUUCAAGAAGAAUGAUGAUGUCACAACAUAUUUUUGUAAUUCGUUUACUUCUCUUUUUAUGCUAUCAAAGUGGGAGGGCAAUACAUUUAAUUCUAAAGUUGGAACUUGCAUGAGUAAGUCUUCAAUGUAUUCAGAUUUGAUUUUAAAUGAGGUUGAAAAAUAGUCUUCAUUUUCAUCGCAAGCAUCUACUUCUUCCCUUGCUUUAUGAGCCUUUUGCAGUUUUUCUAAACGUUGUGCAUCUCUCCUACUUAACCUUUCUAAAACAGAAUUUCUGUCACUCAUUUUCCUUUCUUUAAUAAAUCUUCUAUUACUUUAUUAAGUUCCGAAUCUGGGUUUGUAGCUUCUUUUAAAACACUAACUGUUUGAUGACUAACUCUUCUGGCGUCGGUGUAUUUAGAGCCUUCGUCAAACUACAACAAAGAAGAACUUAACAUGAGAAGCAGAAUUUUGUUAGCUGAAUAGAUAAGAAUAAAUGCCAAGCGAGAUGUGAGAGGCAAACACUUGACACAAAUACUGAGAAACAAAAUCCAUUUCUUGUGUGUAGCAAUGUUAUACAUUUGAAAUUAUUGAAAUGACUGUAGGGGUGAACACUAAUGGAUCAAACUUAAUGAGUAUGCUGUAGUGUACUAAGUAUCCAAUUUCCAAAUGAAUUAUGAUCAAUGUAACGAAAAUUGUUGUCAUUUUGUAAGUGUUAGUCACAAAACAACUGAUUCAGAAACUAAAGUAAUAAUUUUUUACUUGAAUUCUAUAAAUGUAAAUUUAAGUUUAUGGAAUCAUAAACUUCACAAGCCCCAAAGGUACAAUCACAAUUUGAAAACACAUGCAGAUAUUAGUCCCACAAAACCAUAUAAGAUUAUUUCUAGUAAUCAGUAACCACAAUCAACAUAAACGAAUACUGAAUUCAAUAAUGACCUGCUUAAGAAGUUCAUCAUUAGGUUUGACCAACUUGAAUAGUGCGUAACCAAGGGUUCCAAACGACACCACCCAAAAUGUGGCUCUAAUAGCAACAGACAUCUCACCACUUAUUUAAAUUUUGCCUUCGUUUCUCCAAAUUGCCUGAUCAAGAUCACGGAUUUUGUUUUCAGCAAUUGCCUCACCAAGUCCGUAAUAACCUUCUAAUAUCCAGUUGUGGUUUCGAUACAUGUACAGACGGAAAUCUGGAAUUAUAGGGGGCUUGGUCAGUUACUAAAUUGGAGCCAUACAGUCCA